GCAUUGGCUGAGCCAUAGAAACCGGAAUGAGUCCAUAGCAACGGACCCACAACGUAACAGUUAUCUUCACAAAUCUAGACUAAAGUUACUAUCAAGUUAGGGCUUUAACACAGUUCUUGUAGCAAUAAAGGUAGUCACUACUAUAAAAGCUUACUUGUAACCGCAGAUCCUCUUCUUUAUAAAAUGGAAGACAAAAAACAAUCAACUCGUCCCAAGCGUAUUUUCAUCAACGACGUCGACAGGUAUUCCUCCAAACACAUCGCCAAGUUUUUAUCGACAUCAUGCGUAGCCGGAAAUGGUUCUGAAGAAGCCGAAGAAGAGCAGACCUCCUCAAAAGGUGAACCUGCUUUCCAGAUAGUGGGAACUGUGUCUCCCUCCACCAAAGAAGAAGAGGAAAGCUCUCUGUUUGAGCAGUACAUGUCCCCAACUCGAGAUGAGCUUCUUGAGCGCCUGCGGGAGUGUGAUGUAGUAGUGUACAACAUCUCAGAGAGUCCUUCACAACAGCAGGUUGAAGAUGCAACAUGGGCGAUCACAGCCCUUCAUGCCGAGAUGGAGAACUUCAAGUCUCGGAAAAUGUUCAUCUUAGUCUCCAGCGUGAUGACAUGGGCCAUGACCAAGCCGCAGAAUCCGGAAGAAACAGAUGUUCUGCUAACAGAGGAAGAGUUCAGACGAAGAAGGCCGCAUCCUAAAUUCAGAAGCCACAACAAUCUGGAGAAACUUGUGCUGAAACUGGGUAGAGGUAAAAAGUCCAAGCUCUCUGGUUAUGUUGUAGCCUCUGGUCUUCAGUACGGACAGGGAGAAAACCUCUUUCACUACUUUUUCAAGGUGUCCUGGUUGAUGCAGUUUCCAAAGGUUCCUCUCUUUGGACAGGGCAAAAAUCACAUCCCUAUGAUUCAUGUAUAUGACCUUGGAGGAGUGAUCCAAAACAUCAUUGAACUCAAGCCAAAGUCAAAGUACAUUCUUGCUGUCGAUGACUCCAAGAACACUUUGGAGGAUAUUGUGAAGAUGAUAAGCAAUACACUUGGGCCAGGACAAAUUAACAAAGUACCAGAGCAGGAAGCCAUCGCCAUGAAGGCUUUUAAGCCAGAGGAGUUGGAUUACCUAAAUAUCAACCUCCUCCUGGAUGCUUUUAUCAUAAAAGACUCCUUCAGUCUCCGCUGGACGUCUGAAGCUGGGAUGGUUGAAAACAUGGCGAGCAUUGUGGAGGAAUACAAAGACACCAGGCAGCUACUUCCAAUUAGAAUCUGCCUGGUUGGACCUCCAGCUGUGGGUAAAAGCACCGUUGCAGAGAGGCUCUGCAGUCAUUACCAAAUAAACCACAUCAAGAUCAAAGAGAUCACUGAGGAAAAGAUGGCACACCUGAAGGAGAUAGUGAAUGAAGCUGACCCUGAAAGUGUCAGUGAAGACGUCAUGGCUGCUGCAAAGAAACAACUGGAAAGCUUUAACAAAAGCAUGGAAGCUAAUGCAGGUCGACUGGCUGACCAUCUAGUUCUUGACAUUUUGCAAGAAAAGCUGAAUUCAAAGCCAUGUAGGAACCAGGGAUUUGUUCUCGAUGGCUUCCCUAAAACCUACGAGCAGGCAAAGCUGAUUUUCUCUGAUGAGGACACAGAGAACCAGGAUUCGAUGCCAAAAACACCUGUGUACAAAAAGGAUAUCACUCCAGAGCAUGUUUUUGCCCUCGAUGCCACAGAUGAUUUUCUGACAAAGCGAGUACAGGAGCUUCCGCAGGGUGUGGCAGAGAAGAUGCGCUACACCCAGGAGGAGUUUGUCCCUCGCCUGAUGAGAUACAGAGAGCUCGGUGCUGCUGAGGAAACGCUGCUGGACUUCUUUGAUGAGCUUGAGAUUCACCCAGAGCACAUUGAGGUCUCUACAGGUGACUCAGAGUACACACAUGUCAUGAAGAAGAUCACAGAGACUGUGGGGGCUCCCAGGAACUACGGUCUGAGUCCAGAGGAGCAGGAGGAGGAGGACAGAAAGAGAGAAGAAGAGAGGAAGCAGAGAGUGGCUGCAGAGGCUGUGGAGAGGAAACGCAGGAAGGAAGCUGCACUGGCUGAGAUGGCUGCUCAGUACGAGGAGUGGCAGAAGAAUUUGUCGGAGGUGAAGCGGCAGGAGCACGAGCUGCUGGAAGCUCACUGUCUUCCUCUGAGGAACUACCUGAUGAAGUAUGUGAUGCCCUCGCUCACUGAGGCCAUGUUGGAGUGCUGCAAGAUCAAACCAGACGACCCCGUCGAGUUUUUGGCUGACUAUCUACUAAGAAACAACCAACAAGACUGACACGGAAUUGAUCCAGCACAUGUUAUUGAUUUACAGCUUGUGAGGCUGCAUUUAUUCAACAGUCAUUAAUAUAAUAAAAAGAUGAUUGUAACAGACCUCAUAAAUUCAUUGAAGGUAUUUCUGUACAAAACCCCAUCAAAAUGCUAACAUUUUUCUGCAGUGAGUCUUUUGAGUUACAGUGUGUGUAAUCCUGGAUGAUACCACUUUCUGUAUGAAGGAUUUAUAAUUGUAACUAAUGGCGUCUGCCAUGGAGAGUAAAUUAUUCAUUCAUGCUUUAGAGAUCAUAUGUAAGCCAUUGAUAAGAGCAGCUUUUGGGUCAAUGAGUCAUUAAUGUUAUCAGCUAUCAAUUCUACAGUUAUACAUGUUAAUCAAGUCAUGAAUAAAGGGUCAUCAGUUCCUUUUUCUCUUAUAAGCUUCAGCAAAAGUGUGUUUGGCAUUUUUAAUCAAAUAUAAAUGUCAAUUAAUCAUUAAUGAA